ACUCCAGCCAGGCUCACACUCUGCUUAUAUCUCAUUAUCAAGAUGAACAUGUUACGACUCAACGUCCUGUAUCUUCUCCUACAUGUGGCAUCAAGCAGCCAACAUGGGACAGAGACCAUUGAGACUCUCAUGCCAAAUGUGCUUGUCGUCAAGGUGGAUCGAAGGGUCUUCACUGAGACGCAGGUCCCUCUGAGCUGUGGGGACUAUCUGGACACAGAGGUGAUAUGGAGGAAAGGCAGUAAGCAUGUAGGACAAGGAAACCAGAUCAGGGUGAAAGUGGAGAGUAUGAUGGGAGGGAACUACAGCUGCCACAACGCUGCUGGAGUCUACCUCAACCACACUCUGGUGCUGGUGCAAGACAUACAAUCACCCAACAGACGAUGCGUCCUGGAGAAGUCACAUGACACAGAUGAAGAUGAGUACAUAAGAUGUUUGGCAAAAAAUUACAGUGGAAUAUUUCAUUGCUCUUGGAAGAAGACUGAGCAUCGGAUGUCAGCAGCUGUUGUUUUUGUCCAAGUAGGACGCCCCAUCUCCUGCUCCGUAGACAGUGAUGGUGCAGGCCUGACCUGUCAGGACCGGGAUAGCUGCCCCUUUGCUGAGGAGGUGUCCCGCAUUGACCUCACUGUAUACUUCAGGAGCAAUGACCUCCUAGAGGAAUACACCAUCACACCCUUCUACAUCCGAGAAAUAGUGAAGCCAGACAAGAUCCACAUCACCAAGGUGGAGGGGAACACAUUUCAGUGGGAGUACCCAGCGACGUGGAGCCGCCCAUGGCCUUACUUCCCCCUCACGUUCCGAGUCAAAGUGGUCCACCAGGGGGCAAGCUGUGACUCUAAGGAACAGGUGUUUAUAAGUGAAACCAACAUAAAUGAAACAAAAUUCACAGUUCGUCCCCGCCACAAUAAAUAUCGUUUCUGCCUCCGGGCAAAGGAUGACCUGGUUGACUCCCAAUGGAGCCAAUGGACCCAUCAUGAGGUGAAGAAUAAACCCAAGAAACAUUUACAGGUAAGCAAACCCAGAUGAAGACCGACAACAUACCAUCACUCAGCUUCAACCAAUACAUCCAAAUAUGGAAUAGUCUGGUCACUGUACAUAAACAAAUAUUUUACAUUAUACUGAAGACAAGUUAUGGAAUGUAGCUAGUAUACUAUGAUUGUUGUGAUUUGAAUGUAAGGCAAACUUUAUAUUUAUUUAUACAAUUCUGAAAUGUAAUUACACCAUUAUUGAUGUUAUUCAUCUCUUAUCCAAGAUGGUUUUCA